UUGACGUAUCGUCUGCUUGGAGGAGAACGAAACAGCUCGCUAAAAAUGUGAAAAGGGAGAUAAAAAAGAGAGUACAAAAGGGAAAUUCGAGAGGGAGAUUGAUUUUAAUUUACUAAGCAAUGGCGUCGAAACCCCAGCUGGUCCUUUUGGGUUACGUAGACGAGCAAAUCACGUCCAAAUAUCAGCAAGUUGUGAAUUUUACCACGAGUAAAAUCGGUGGUGCUCCUGAUUGGUGUAUAAGUGGCUCAUCAGUUCCAAUAUGCAAGAGAUGUGGCAGAAGACAGUCUUUAGUGAUUCAGAUCUAUUGCCCCUUGGAAGGGAGCCCAUUCCAUCGCACACUCUUCAUCUUUGCUUGUGUUACGCAGGAGUGCUGGAACCGUCCCCAUAGCUGGACCUGUCUAAGAAGCCAGAUCCCCGACCCCAUUUCAACCAAGGCGUCCCUCCCUGGCACCAAGGCAGUUCCCCCCCAGUCAGCGGGCGGGGAGACUUGGUUUGAGGAUGAGGAUGACUGGGGCAGUAAUGACAAUGAUGGCAAUGGCAAUGCGGACAACUAUAACUUUGCCUCGUCGUCGCAGCUGUACCUGGACAAUAUGGCCAAGAAGCCCGAUGGAAUGAGCAAUCUAAACAACAUGAACUCCAACACAUCAUCUAUCACUGAGGUUGCGCAGAGCAUGGAGAGUAAGCUGAACAUUAUCGAGGGAGAUGCCAAUGCUAAUGAGGCCCUGUGUGGCGCUGUGGGUAUUGUUGGGUGUGGUGGAGAAGGAGUAGAGGCUUCAGCUGUGAUUGAAGGGUCCGAGGAGGACAUGAUUGCAGUGGACACACCUGAGCAACCAACUACUGAUAUCCCUGCUCUGUUUCAGGAAGCAGCUCAGAUAGAUGCCAAUGCAGAUGUGACUUUUAUUCCCUACUUCCUCUCGAGUGAAAUAGAACCACCAGAAGAUGUAUCAUUUACAGACCAUGAGAGAGACCUUUUAGUGCGCUACACUCAUAGCACAGGACAUGACUUCAGAGAGGAGGAAAAUGCUGGUGGGGGCGAGGGAAAGGGAGACAGUGUUUACGAGAAGGACGUAGCCAUCCACGGUGAUGUACUAAUUCACAAGUUCAAAAAGAGGAUCUCGCGCAGUCCACAGCAAGUGAUGAGGUACUGUCGAGAGGAAGGUGCGUCUCCUCUCUGGUUGCGUCCCCCAGGAGCCAGUGAUGUGGCAACUAAGUGCCAACACUGUGGAGGCAGCAUGGUCUUUGAACUUCAGCUGACACCACAGCUAAUCAUCCAUCUGCAGGUCUCA